AUGGCACUGCUGAAAGUCAAAUUCAAUCAGAAGAAACGGGUAAAACUAGCGCAGGGACUAUGGCUCAUGAACUGGUUUUCGGUGUUUGCUGGAAUCCUUGUUUUUAGCAUGGGAUUGUUCCUCAAAAUUGAGCUCCGGAAGCGAAGCGAAGUGAUGGACAAUAAUGAAAGCCACUUUGUGCCCAAUUCUUUGAUAUUGAUGGGUAUAUUAUCCUGCGCCUUCAACGGUUUUGCUGGAAAAAUUUGUUACGAUUCUCUGGAUCCCGCUAAAUUUGCCAAGUGGAAGCCUAUGCUGAAACCUUACCUGGCACUGUGCUGCGUCUUUAACAUGCUCCUUUUCUUCGUGGCCCUGAUUUGCUUUCUCAUGAGGGGCUCCCUGGAGAGCACCCUGGCCCAGGGGCUCAAGAACGGCAUGAAGUUCUACCGGGACACCGACACCCCCGGGAGGUGCUUCAUGAAGAAAACCAUCGACAUGCUCCAGAUCGAGUUCAAGUGCUGUGGCAACAACGGCUACAAAGAUUGGUUCGAGAUCCAGUGGAUCAGCAACAGAUACCUGGACUUCAGCUCCAAAGAAGUGAAAGACCGCAUCAAGAGCAACGUGGACGGGAGGUACCUGGUGGAUGGAGUCCCCUUCAGCUGCUGCAACCCCAGCUCCCCCAGGCCCUGCAUCCAGUACCAGGUCACCAACAACUCUGCCCACUACAGCUACGACUACCAGACGGAGGAGCUGAACCUGUGGCGGCGCGGCUGCCGGGAAGCGCUGCUCAGCUACUACAGCGGCAUGAUGAGCUCCAUGGGCGCCGUCAUCCUCCUCGUCUGGCUCUUCGAGAUGUCGGUGAUGGUCGGCCUGCGCCUCCUGCACACCUCCCUGGAAAGCAUUGCCAAUCCCGAAGACCCCGAGUGCGAGAGCGAAGGCUGGAUCCUGGAGAACAGCCUGAAGGACACUUUCAAAUCCGCGCUGGAGAAUUUGAAAAAGCUGGGUAAGUUCAACCAGGUGGAUGCAGGAGCCGAAGGGGCCGAAGGAGAGGAAGGUGGGAAGACGCCAGCCAUCACAACAGUCAGUUGAGCUGCUCAUUGAGGUGGACUUUUUCUCAGAGGAAAAUAACACAAACUGAGAAUUGUGAAUAUAUCUACAUUUUAAAAGCUAUGUAUCAACCACCAGAACACACAUUUCUACUCAUGUUCACUUUUGUACACGGGAGCAUACAGCAUAGUGCACCUUGGGAUAAAACACUUAUGUGAGUACACCACAUCCACAUCCUUUUGGGAAUAUGACCCCAACUAGGACUUGCAAUAUUCACGUG